GUUGGCACUGGGUUAAAUUGUAUCUGGAGCUUCCAAAUCUGCCCCCAAAAUGGAUCGUCUUACGGUCAUGUGCUUUUCCUGAUAACUUCGUCAGAGCAGCUCGUCUGAAGCCCUUAAAGCUGAGCGCUUUCCUCUUCUGAGGCUCUGGGGAUGAAUAUCUGAGUUUCACAGACUGUCGACAAAGUUACUUCACUUCCCCUCAGCUCGCUGUGCUUCCAGUUGAGUAAUACCUCCCGUUUAUUUCAGCGUUUGCUUCAGUUCCUGUUACAUGAUGGCCAAAAUGCAGAGUUAGUGAAGAAAAUGUAGUGCUGUUUGGUGAACAGUCUGUUACUACAGACACUGAUUAGACGAUAGGCAAUCUUAGCUUUGGUCGUCAGCUCUGGAUGCAUUCAGAAAGACGAUUUAUUUUGAGAUUAAAGAAAUGAAUCUUCAUCUGGUCCAAUUCAUCCUGAUUGUAAUUGCCUCUGUUUGUAAAGGUCAACACGAGAACAACUGCAAUGUUGUCCCUAAAGAUCAUUACAUUGAAGUGGGCUCUGAUACCAAGAUAGUCUGUCAAACUCCUUGUGUCCAUGGCAAGGUCUUCUGGACGCUGAACAGCACAGAGAUUGAUGAGAGCCAGUCCAGUGCCAUUAACUCCUCACACACGGUUCUGUCACUGAGGAACUUCACCGAGCGCAGUGCUACGCUGCUGUGCCACAGUGCAGCUACUCGGGACGUCCUCGGAGGCACCACCGUCAGAACAUUUUCAAAACCCAGCAAAAUAUCUUGCAUCUUGGAUUAUGAGACACAGGGAAUAAUCGGUGUACCAGAGCUGCUCACGUGCAACUGGGAGCAUCUGAUUAAUCCUUCAAAGUAUACAAACUACACUGUACUAAGUUCCUCUUGGUCACAUGAAUCCCAGAGUGAAAUCUGCAGCUCGAAUGUAACAACAUGCACAGCCAAGUAUAGUAAAAUAUUAGAUAAAAUACCUCUUCUGGGGACUUUCAGCAUCACUGUGAGAGCUAACUCUACAGCUUUUGAUACUUACUCUGAGACUCAAGAAUUCACUCCAUCUCACAUAUGGAAAAUUGUGCGUCCAAAGCUAGAUGUAAGCACCCACCCUGAUCGUCUGGUGGUUAAAUGGACCCAAAUGGGUAGCUCAAUGGUGGGUAACUGUACCUGUCAAGUCAAAUACAGCAAGGCCAACAUUGAAAGAUCUCCAGAGAGGGUGAUUGAUGAAACUCUUCAAUGUGAAGAGAGAGGAAGCAUAACCAUUGCACAUGUGGAAUCCUGCAACACCUACAAAUUUGCAGUCCGUUGUGCUUUAGACGAGGCUCCCUGGAGCGACUGGAGCCUUGAGAAGAGAGUUCUGACGAGACUGAACAUGACUAAUGUGAAGCUGCAACUUUGGAGAAUCAUCGCUAAACCACUGAAAGAAGGAUCAAGGAAAGUUCAUGUCAUGUGGACGGGGAUUCCUUCAACAUGCCAAGACACAUUAACCUACACUAUCAAGCUGAUUCCCUUAAAGAAACACAUGACUGGAGCAAAUUACACUGAAACUAUCAUGUGUGGCAAUGCAACUUGUGAUGUUGAUGUGGACCAGGAUGCACACAGAAUCCUUCUCACCAUGCUCCGAAAUGACGCCCUGUCUGUGCAGGACUCUGUUUAUGUUCCAGCUGUUGGAGAGAGCCUCCCUCAAGUUACCGACAUCCAGACAUCAACCCUGGAAGGCGUUAUUCUGGUCAGCUGGAAGGCUCCGGUUCAGCCUGUCAGUGGUUACAUGAUCGACUACACCCAUGAUGGAAAUCAAUAUUCCUGGAAGGAGAGCGAAUACACAAACAUUACACUAAAUGACCUGCGGGACAAGAAGCCUUACAACAUCACAGUAACUCCCCUCUUCAAUGGAAAGACAGGUCACAGCACACAAGCUCUUCAGAUCUGCUCGAGUGUUGGAGAUCCCGCAAAUGUCACCAUCAUCAAUGUUCAGGCUUAUGACAAAAGUGCCAUCGUGAGCUGGGAUGUGAAGUCGCAGGUGGAGUGCAGAGGAGUCGUUGUCAGAUACACGGUCUUCUUCAGCACGCAGAAAAGACCACAGCUCAAUGUCACUCUAGAUAGCACAAGGCGGAACAUCUCUUUGAAAAAUCUGACUCCAAACACCCAUUACCAUGUUUACGUCAAAGCCACAGCUCUCACUGGGACUACCCAAAGCAGUGAGUGGCUGUUUAUAACCAAGAGAUUCGACCCAAGACUCUUCACAGCUCUCCUCAUCUGUGGAGGCUUCACUAUGGUUCUCCUGUUAAUCCUUGGAGUAUGCUGUGCUGUUCAGUGGAAGAAGUUCAAGGAGAAGCCGGUACCUAACCCUGGACUCAGCUCUGUGGCGUUGUGGUCAUCAGCAAGUUGUCAAGAGGGAACAAUACUGCCCCUACCAUUCAGUAAUCCACGUGAAAGCUGGUGUGACAGAGUCUACCCAGAAGAAAUAGAAGGAUCACAAACAUCUAUUGAACCUACAGACUGUAAAGAUAAACCAGCCAUGGUUUAUCUUACCAGCCAAACAGUGGAAUACACAGUCCCUGAUGUAGUUCCAGCAGCAGACACGCAGAAUGAAGGUCCAGGUGAAGCUGUAGAGACGAUGUAUCCAUCAACCUCAGGAGAAUCCACAGCGCUGCUUCUCUCAGAGAGCAACCAGUCCAGCCCAUAUCGAAGUCAGAGCUCGGUGCAAGCUCUAGCACAGAGGACCAGCAAACAGGGUAAACAUGUUGCAGUGACACAGCAAGAAAAGACUGAAACACCCACUGUGUAUGUCACUUUGGACAUGUUUGCCAAAGGCAAAGGACAGCUGAAAGAGAUAGAAACCAAACCACAGGACACAAAGAGACAAGACCAGCCGAUCAGCUCUGAAUGAAGUUACCACCAGGUAACUCGGGAUCUCUCCAGCUCUCCAUAUAGUGCAGAAGUUUCUCUGCUUUUUCCUUCAGUGCAUGGAAUCCCUUUUUUCCUCCAACUCAUAAAGGUGCCCACAUGUGUCCACAGCAAACAGCUAGUCAUCGGCUCUACCAGAAUCAAUCAUUAUUUGGUUUGGUUGUAUUUUUGUCUGUUUGAAGUCUGCAGACCCAAACAGCUGAUCAGUGCGCUGCAAGCGAAAGAGCAUGUCUGUGUUGCAUCUGCAAUUAGUAAAAAAACAAAAAGGCUUUCUGGUGGAAGAGUAGGUGCUGGAAAAAUUCUCAGUAGAGCAUAUACUUAAACCGAGGUGAGUGCUUGGGUUGGGAGUCUCUCAAAAUUAGCUAAAUUAAGUGGCAGACUCGGCCCCAUCUGCAGAAAACUGUAGCCUAGCUUGUGUGCUGUUUCUCCUGGCAGUUACUCAAAUUACAAAUUUCAUACACCCGCACUUCAGAAUAACUGAAAUAUCCCUUUAAUCUUUAUUUAUCUAAACCUAAUAAAACUGGUAAUAAAUGUUACAUCAAAUAUUUUCUUUAUGUAUUUCACUUGUUGCUUUGAAACAGUCAUAAAGAUCAAGCAUAAAUCAAACAUAUGCUUUAUUUUUUAGAACUCUUGCAGAGCACAUUUUCAAGAUGUAACUAUUCCCCUCUGGCAAAGCUCCUGAGUCUCAUUUUAUACAAAUCCAGGACAGCCUGCUACUGAAAUUUUCAAAGUUGUCUUUUCGCACAUGUCUGUAAAGUUUGUGAAGCAUAAGGUCAAUGCUGUCAGGCGAGGAUGGGGUCUCGGGAAGCAGGUCAUAACAAGAAAAGGAUGCUGUCAUGUUUACAAUAUAUAUUACAUGGUGGGUAAAAGCACAGUCUGACACUUUGAUGUCAUUUUUUACCUUAAUAAUAAUACAGCAUGUAAACAGAUGUAUUCACAGUACCAACAGGACAUACUGAAACCUGUUGCACUCUCAAAUUGACUCUAAACUCAGAGUGAAUCAUUCAGCUGUUAGUGUUCACACAUGGACUAAACUCCUGGAGACUUUGGGACAUUUUCAGAUUUUUACUACAUGUGUAAAUAAGGUUCAGUCAUAGCAUGCUUGUUGUUGAUGUAAAUAAUGCUCAUAGUGUAUAAACUGUAAAAGGCAUACAUUUCUCAUACAUUCCGUGUUUGUAAUGAGCUAUAUCUGGACUUGUUAUAGUAUUAACAGUGCUUGCAUAACACUUGGAAAUUGUAUCUCAUUGCAGUUUACCUCUUAAACUUAGCAUAAAGUCUACAGAAAAAGACAAGUACUUUUCAUUUGUUGCUUACUAACAGUGUAAUAUUUAUUUGUUGUCAUGCACCUUUAAGUAUGCCUCAGGUACUUCAUAAUAUGUUCAACAAAAAGCUACAGAAAUUGCCCCUAAUAAGCUGUUUAAAGGUUAAAUUGAAAGCAUUAUUUUUAUUGUUUCAUUUUUGUUUGUUGUAUUUUUUUAAAUAAAAUUGAA